GGCACGCAUUGUGCAAAGAACCGGCAGAUGCGAGCAGGGCCAGCCCCACGCGCGUUGGCCUCCUCGCCCAGAGGCUUGCCGGGCCGCUUGACUGGCCCCCGUGCCUCCCCCUGUGCGGGCUGGGGGCCAAGGAGGGCCGGCAUGGCCUGAGUGUUGGAGGCGCCUCGGCUCAGCGGCGGGAUUGCAACAUGGGGAACCAGGAUGGGAAGCUGAAGAGGAGCGCAGGUGAUGCCCUGCACGAAGGCGGAAGCAGCGCAGAGGAUGCUGUUGGGCCCAGAGAUGUGGAAGCCACAAAGAAGGGGAGCGGGGGCAAGAAGGCGCUGGGGAAGCACGGCAAGGGGGGAGGGGGUGGCGGCGGGGGGGAGCCAGGCAAGAAGAAGAGCAAGUCGGAAUCUAGAGCCUCAGUGUUUUCCAACCUGCGGAUCAGGAAGAACCUGUCCAAGGGGAAAAGCACCGGCGGCUCCCGCGAGGAUGUGCUGGACUCCCAGGCCCUGCAGACCGGGGAGCUGGACAGCGCGCAUUCUCUGGUCACCAAGACUCCAGACCUCAGCCUCUCGGCAGACGAGACGGGCCUGUCGGAUACCGAGUGUGCUGACCCAUUCGAGGUAGCCCGUCCAAGUGGCCAUGGACCCACUGAUGCAGGGGUUGGGGGCAGGGUGGUCUUGGAGGAUUUGGAAACAGCCGUGGGGAUGCAGGAUGGACAAAGGACCAGUUCAGGCUCGGACACGGACAUCUAUAGCUUCCACUCGGCCACGGAGCAAGAGGAUUUGCUUUCAGACAUUCAGCAGGCGAUCCGCCAGCAGCAGCAGCGGCAGCAGCAGCGGGGCUCCGAGGAGCCUGCAGCGCCCUCCGCAGCCGCCUCCCCCCAGCCCGGGGCCUUCUUGGGCCUGGACCAGUACUUGCUGGGGUCCAGCAGCACGGCCCGAGAGGCCCCUUGCAGUCCUGACCCGGAGCGGGCUCUGUCUGCGCUGUCUGACCUGCCUGGCAGCCUGGCCGCGGAGCCCCAGGUGCCUGAGCAGCCACCGCCCCCCAGCAGCCCUGGAGCCUUGGCGAUGCCUGGCCUGCCUGAGGGCCAGCCCGCAGCCGCAGCCUCGCCCUCCUCCCCCGCCUUCCCGUUCCCCGAGGCCCCGCCGGGAGAGGGCUCGGCCAGAGCCGCCGGCCCAGGGGCUGGGGACACUGACGAGGAGGGCGAGGAAGAUGCAUUUGAGGAUGCCCCCCGAGACUCUCCAGGGGAGACGUGGGGCCCGGGGGUGGGAGAGAUUCCCCCGAGGCUGGGGGCAGAGCCCGAGGGGGAGCCCAGCAGGCCCGGCGCCCCGGCAGCUGCCUCCCUGCCCAGCAGCCCUGCGCCCAGCCCGCGCUGCUUCAAGCCCUACCCGCUCAUCACUCCCUGCUACAUCAAGACCACCACCCGGCAGCUCAGCUCGCCUAAUCACUCUCCCUCUCAGUCCCCCAGCCAGAGCCCCAGGAUCAAGAGGCGGCUAGAGCCCUCCCUGAGCCGGGAGCCCAGGGCUGCCCUAGUCUCGGCCGCCGCUCCAGCCAAGAAGCACCGGGCUGAGAGCGGCCUCGCUUGCGGCCUCAGCCGCUCAGCCGACUGGACUGAGGAGCUGGGCAGCCGCGCGCCCCCGGCCGGGGGCUCUGCGCACCUGCUGGAACGCGGGGCGGCCUCGGAGGGGAGCGGCGGGGCGCCACCAGCGCAGGCAGCCAAGGUGUCUGGGGCACAGGCGGCUGCUGAUUGUUUCCAGAACGUGUUCACAGGGCGAACUCUGUUGGAGAAGCUAUUCAGCCAGCAGGAGAACGGGCCUCCAGAAGAAGCAGAGAAGUUUUGCUCCCGGAUCAUUGCCAUGGGUCUUCUACUUCCUUUCAGUGACUGCUUCAGGGAACCAUGUGAUCGAAAUGCCCAAUCAAGUUCAGCUCCUUUUGAUCAAGAUCAACUUUAUACCUGGGCUGCAGUCAGCCAACCCACUCACUCACUGGAUUACACAGAAGGGCAGUUUCCCAGGCGAGUCCCGUCUGUUUGGCCCCCAUCGAAACCUCCUGAUGAAGAACACAGGCCGAAGGAUGCUGAAACAGAAUCUCAGUCUGCUGUUCUGGAAACUCCAAAAAAAUGUUCAGAUGCUGUUCAGCGGGUGGUCAAGUUAUUAAGCAACAAAAGAUCACAAGCAGUUGGAAUAUUAAUGUCUAGCCUUCAUUUAGAUAUGAAAGAUAUACAACAUGCUGUUGUGAACUUGGACAAUUCUGUGGUUGAUCUGGAGACCCUUCAAGCUCUCUAUGAGAAUAGAGCACAGUCAGAUGAACUGGAAAAAAUUGAAAAGCACGGCCGGUCCUCCAAAGACAAGGAAAAUGCCAAGUCUCUGGACAAACCUGAACAGUUCCUUUAUGAACUGUCCCUAAUCCCCAACUUCUCAGAGAGAGUCUUUUGUAUUCUGUUCCAGUCCACGUUUUCAGAAAGCAUUUGCUCAAUUCGUCGCAAACUGGAAUUGCUACAGAAAUUGUGUGAGACAUUAAAAAAUGGCCCAGGGGUUAUGCAGAUCCUGGGUUUGGUUCUUGCUUUUGGCAACUACAUGAAUGGAGGGAAUAAGACUCGAGGACAGGCUGAUGGCUUCGGAUUAGACAUUCUUCCAAAGCUGAAAGAUGUCAAAAGCAGUGACAAUAGCAGAAGCCUUUUGUCAUAUAUUGUUUCCUAUUAUCUUCGAAAUUUUGAUGAGGAUGCUGGAAAAGAACAGUGUGUUUUUCCACUGCCAGAACCCCAGGACCUUUUUCAGGCCUCACAGAUGAAGUUUGAAGAUUUUCAAAAAGAUCUCAGAAAACUAAAGAAAGACCUGAAAGCCUGUGAAGUUGAGGCGGGGAAAGUAUACCAGGUAUCCUCAAAAGAGCACAUCCAGCCUUUCAAAGAAAACAUGGAACAAUUUAUUAUUCAAGCUAAAAUUGAUCAAGAGGCAGAGGAAAACUCACUGACAGAGACUCAUAAAUGCUUUUUGGAGACUACAGCCUAUUUCUUCAUGAAACCAAAAAUUGGAGAGAAGGAGGUGUCCCCAAAUGUUUUCUUCAGUAUCUGGCAUGAAUUCAGCUCUGACUUUAAAGAUUUUUGGAAGAAAGAGAACAAACUCAUUCUACAAGAAAGAGUAAAAGAAGCCGAAGAGGUGUGCAGGCAGAAAAAGGGGAAAUCACUUUAUAAAAUAAAACCAAGACAUGACUCUGGAAUUAAAGCAAAAAUAAGCAUGAAAACCUGAAAAAUGAAAAGCAGAAUGAACAUGAGUCACUGUAACCACUUCCACAAAAUUCAGCUGACCUGAGGGUGGGAAGAAAACUACAUCAUUUUGUUCAUUUUUCCUCUUGACCUCUUGCACAAUCUUUGUGUUUUCUAGACAGUUCACUGAUUGUUGAAUUUUACUGUACAUUCAUAAAAAUGCAAAAGCAGUAGACCAGUGGAGAAUUUGACACCUUUUCUUUUUGUAAAGUUUAUGGUAUUAUAUUGAUAGACCAAAACAGCAUGUAUAAGAGGCAAUAUUUGCAUUAAUGCUGAACAUGCUAAAUGUUAACCUAAAAUUUACUUUCGUGAGAAUAUUCCUUAUCCCAGCUAAACACUUUCCUUUCUACUGACAACCAGUACUCCAUGUCACUGCAUUUAGAUUUAUGGUUAAAACGUUAUUUCUAGUGAAUUGUUUGUAUCAGUUACAUGUCUACAUAUAAAUUUUCUAUUUUAAAAUUUAAGUACCAUUUAUAUAUCAUGAUCAAGGCUUUCCCAAUUCUUGGGUUGCUCUCCCUAACUAUAUAUUUGUGAAAGAAGAUUAUCAUUUUUUACGCAAGUCAGAUAAUGAAUAGAAGAAAUAUAGCAAAAGGUAAACCCUUUCCUAUAAAUCAUCUAAUAUAGGCAGGAAUCAGAGUUUUAAGUUUAAUGAGGGCUUUUAUCAGCCUGUGUUCUCUGAGACCCUACAUAAAGCUAAUCUUCAGCUAAAAUAAACUAAAGGUGUGCCUCUCUAUAACUUUACCAUUGGCCUUCACAAAGAAAACAUGACUCAAUAUUUUGAAGGAAUUUAAAUAAAUGAUGCUCAUAAAAUUGCCAAACGUGACUAAUUGUUGGCCAAAAAAGGGGGGUGGGUAGUAAGUUUUUGGAUGGAUUGGCAUCUGUUAAUUAAAUGUACCAGCCUGGGUAUUUUUACAUGAUUGGGAUUGUCUUUAUGUGUUAUAGCAGGUGAUUAAAAGCUGUCAGAUGAAUAUGUGAUGAUUGGUUAUCUGAAGGAGCUUAGGAAAGGAUUUUCUUUUAUUUCACUUUGAGGGGUAAAAAAAGUAAAUCUCCCACUCUUUGUGAGAGUAUGUUAAAGUCAUCUCCUGAUGCAUUGUGAUGGUUUUGUCUAACACUAAUAGGUAGGGUUUUUAAAAAUUCUUUUGAUGAUAUUUGUUGAGGGUUAUGGUUGUUGAUAUUUCUUGCUAUUGGAAACCAAUCAUGGAAAGCAACUUAAAAAAGAAAAUGUUCCGAAUCAUAACUAUAUUUGCGUUUAUGUAAAGUAUGGUCUCUUACCUUUUAGUUUGUAAUUUAAGUGCAAAGAAACAGUAGUGGAUUUUGGUUGUUGUUUUGUAGUCUUCCUGUCUCCUUCAGUCCCUCCAGUGUGUAUAUUACCAUUCUUCACUGAAAUAAUAGGGCAUUUAACAAAGAUCGCUAUGUGCAAUACUGUAUUUAGUGUUUCUAUUUCAAUUUUUCUAGGAUGUUAAUUUAUAUGAAAAUAAAAUGAAUAAUAAAAGAGUUCUGUACCUAUUGUGUGU